ACCGACCAGAAAGGGGAGAGAAGAGUAGCUUACCACUUUGAAGUGACAAGACCAGCAUUUGGAUCAGCUCACAUUCAAAUACCAGCAAAGGUUUAACAAAGAGAAGGACUUUUUUGGGGAAUUGACACAAGUGGUAAGAAUACAUUUUACAAUGUCUUCGUUUGAGGCCCAGGGGCAGUCUCCUCCUCGCUGUGGCCCCCAGUUCCCCAGCCUCGGUCAGGAGCCACCUGAGCUCAGCAUGUACAGUGACUGUUACUACCCUCCUCCAUCGCUGCCUAGUCCUCAGCGCACCGCUCCGACCUCCUACGACCUCAGCGAAUACACCACCUCCUCCACCAACCCCUACCUCUGGUUCAACGGCUCUGGGAUCAACACGCCGCCAUACCUGGCUACCACCGGCCCGCCCGGCAACCCCGGCCCCCCGUUUGUCCCUCAGCACUACGGCAUUCAGAGACCUUACCUGGGUCCCGCUGGAGCUGGGGGUUCGGGAGGGGAGCUGAGCUGGUUCUCUCUCCCCUCGCAAGAAGACCUGAUGAAGCUGGUCAGGCCGCCGUACUCCUACUCUGCUCUCAUCGCCAUGGCAAUCCACGGAGCACCGGACCGGAGACUGACACUGAGUCAGAUCUAUCAGUAUGUGGCUGACAACUUUCCUUUUUACAACAAAAGCAAAGCAGGCUGGCAGAACUCCAUAAGACACAACCUGUCACUCAACGACUGCUUCAAGAAAGUACCACGGGACGAGGAUGAUCCAGGCAAGGGCAACUACUGGACACUGGACCCGAACUGUGAAAAGAUGUUUGACAACGGAAACUUCCGUCGCAAAAGGAAGAGGAAGUCCGACUCACUCGCUGGCCCCGACGGCGGCUCGGGGGCUCCGGAGUCGUGCGACAGCGAGAGGGGGAGCCCCAAACACUCGAGCUCCCUGAACAUCUCUCCCACGGCCGACAGGAUCCCCUCCCCUUCGUCGUCGGGCCCGGCGCCCUGCCUCAGCAGCUUCUUAUCCGAGAUGUCUGCCGUGACGAGUGGAGCGGCCGGCGACCUGGGAGCCGACGGGCUGAGCAGGCCGCUGCAGAACAACCUGCCCUUAGACGGGCCUCACAGACCCACGCAACCCGGAGGCUACGGGAGCUACUCCCCCAACUCAGGCGCCCCGGAGUGGGCACAGGGGCCGGCUCCCACGGCGCUCUCCGCUUCACCCAACAGCUCCUCCCUAGGCUACGCUAGCCCCAUCCUCAACCAGUACAGCGGGUCCAGUGGGCAUUUCUACGCAACGCUGGGCUCGACGGGAAUCAUCUACCACCGCGAGGGCACAGAGGUUUAGUGGCAAUGACAAUAAGGGGGGAGAAGUUUGGGUUGAAAAAGACUUUGGCGGGAAAUGUCACCUUGUCCGGUCACUUUUGUCAAAGGGAGUGGGUCGGUUGGGAAUGACAACACACACAUACACAAAUACACAGUGAUCGCGCUGACUGAGACAGUUGAGGUUCACUAUAGCGUGGGACAGACAAGUAAAAAGACUUUGACUCCCACAGUAAGAGCUGAGUCAGACACUUUGGGUGUCGCUCCCUAAAACCGCAGUCAGGCCCGCUAUCAGAUCCUCAGUCAGCUUUAACUGGAGCUAAAGCCGGUCUCUAUCAGAUCUGAGUCAUUAAUAACAGAUCCUGGAUCUGAUCUGCUGACACCAGGUCAUUCCACACUGCUAUCUGUGGUUCUUUGAUGGUAUCACCCAAGCAACAAUGCUCAGACAGCACAUUUAGAGGAGUAGUUAAUUACACCGUUGUCUAUGUAUUGGGAGUGUGCAGGAACUAACAGAAGGUGAAAGGUAGAUGUUUGUCAAUGUUUUUGUAGUACUGAAGCUUAAAUAAUCUAAUGUCUGUUACUGUUUUUUUGCUUUGUAAAUAUGUCAAAGCGUUGCGUGUGACGCUAUGCAUUUAUACUGUUGGUUUGUUGGUACAACUGUUAUUGUAUACAUUUGAUUCAUAAUGAACGGUACAUGCUAUUUGUGUUGUGUUUUUGAUAUGAAUAAAAAGGUUUUAGAGUUCUA